GACGUGAACGAUCGACACUCCGGUAACUAUUUCGGGCAGCACGAGCAGCGGAGUGGUGACCAUACCCUGGGCAGUUAUUACGUGCAGCUUCCGGACACGCGCUUCAUGAGGGUCGAGUACUUGGCUGACUCGGAAGGUUUCCAGCCCACGGUCUCCUUCGUGGGUGAUGCCCGGUACCCGGAUACCCCUUCCCAGAUGUAUGCUCAGCCUGACCUUGCUCCUGCUCCCGUUCAAGUAUAUUCUGAACCCCUGCCCGUCCCUGCCCAGGAGUAUUCUGAACCCCUGCCCGUCCCUGCCCAGGAGUAUUCUGAACCCCUGCCCGUCCCUGCCCAGGAGUAUUCUGAACCCCUGCCCGUCCCUGCCCAGGAGUAUUCUGAACCCCUGCCCGUCCCUGCCCAGAAGUAUUCUGAACCCCUGCCCGUCCCUGCCCAGGAGUAUUCUGAACCCCUGCCCGUCCCUGCCCAGGAGUAUACUCAGCCCGACCCUGCUCCUGUACAGACGUAUUCUGAACUCGCUCUUGAUCACGGAUACACUCAGCCCGAUUCUGUCCCUGCGGAAGUGUACACUCUGCCGACCCUUAGUCAGUCAAGUCAGCAGUACUCUUAUCCUGCUCCUGCUCCUAGUCAGCAGUAUACAGAGCCCAUCCCUGCCCCUGCUCCUACGCAGCAGUACUCCCAACCCUCCUCUUCCCCUUCCCCUACUCAGCAAUACUUCCAUCCCGCUCCUUCCCCUACUCAGCAGUAUACCGAGCCAGCCCCUGCUCCUUCCCCUACUCAGCAGUAUACCGAGCCAGCCCCUGCUCCUUCCCCUACUCAGCAGUAUUCCCAGCCCGCCCCUGCCCUUGCCCUCUUUCCUGCUCAGGAAUAUUCACAGCCUGCUUCUGCUUCUCCCACUUUGUCGUCCAAACGCGCGCCUGCUAUUUACAGAGCUCGGGUAAGCAAAAUCACCGUGAGGACGGUCAGCUUUUAAGGCUCGCGCAUAGAGCCGCCGACAUCUCGUUUGUAAUCAGCGUAAUUCAUUAAAAAAAGAAUCUUUGCCUUCACCUUCCAUUUAAUAAACUUCUUUAUCAACCUCCUC